AUGUCAUCUUCUUCUGAGAGUGGAGUAUCCGAUUCAUUAGACCCUAUGGCCAUAGUCUCAGAUGACGAGAUAGCCACAGACCCUAAGGUUUUCACUUCAGACACUACGAGCAGCGACGAUGAUGACUUUCAGCCAUUCGCUUUACCAGAUUUUGGAGAUGGCAUACCUAUAGCUGAUGGUUUUCAUGAUGGGGAUCUACUUCUUGUCCCGAUCCCUGCUCCUUUUCCCCUCGCUGCAUUUCCUUUGGAGGAUCUGCCUCUUGAUGAUAUGUCAGACGACGACAUCGAUCUCCUUAUUGAGGGUCCCCCUAAGGAUGCCCAGGAUGGCGGGGAUCCGGUUGAUGAUGAUGUCGCUAUUCCGUUUGCAGAGAUUCCAGUCGAUGACGAUGUUGUUAUCCCUCUUGUUGAGAUUCCAGUUGCUGAUAUUAUUGUUGUUCCGUUGGUCGAGAUUCCUGCUGUUGAGAUCUCAUCUGACCAUUCAGGUCCUGAUUCGUUUGAUUCGGUAUCAUCUGUUACUUUACAAGCACGGGGCGUGCAACAUUAUCCCACUGACACUGAUUCCGACAUAGCGAUUUCUGCCACACCCAUCUUUCCACACGACUUUGACCCUGAUCAUGAGAUUGAGUUUGUACCUGACGAGCAGCCUUUUGAGGCACCUGUCAUACCUGAUGAUCAGCUCUUUGAUAUACCCGCUGAUUUUGAGUAUGCUCCAGCUAACCCUGAGCCUGAGAUUGCACCUGAGGCUAUACCGGCACACAACCCACUACCUGUGCAUGACCCUCUCCCUGUUGAUGUACCUGUUGUCGCACCACCUUUUCCGGACCCUCUACCUGCACCCACAGACCACGCUCCUUUUGCUACCCAUGUAGACCCCAGAUAUGCUCACACUCACAAUGGGUGGAUUGAGGACGACGACGACUAUCCUCCUUUUGUCAGACCCGUUACUCCCCCAUCUGCACCUGUUCAUGCACCCAUUGAUAUCGCUCAGUUUUACCCACACGAGUCAGAUAUGCACCGCACAGAUUUGCCAGUCACAUUUCUUCAGGAUAUCCAUCCCCCCGUCCCGGGGAAGGACCAUCGAGCCAGCAGGCCAGUCACGUACCUUUUAUGUCAGUAG